ACUAUUUAUAAUUUAAUUUUCAAAGUUAAUUUGCAAAUUUUGCUUUCAAAUACUGCAUUAAGAGUCAUAAAUUUGAUCUGUUUCGCCCUUUUGGCGCUCGCGGUUGCCGAGAAGGUGCCGUUAGAAAAGAAGUUGGACAAACGUGGCCUCUUGAAUUUGGGAUACGGAUAUGGCCACAGCGGUUUGGAUGUUGGAUUUUUAGGAACAGGUCACGGAAUCGGAGGUGCUUAUGGAGGUCAUGAACUUGGAGAUGGUGGAUAUGGAGCACAUUACAAUGUUUUAGGAACACACACUGAUGUCACCAAAACCGUGACACUUUUGAAGAAAACUCCAGUUCCAGUUCCAGUUGAGAAACACGUUCCCUACCCAGUAGAGAAACAUGUACCUUACCCAGUCAAGGUUGGAGUUCCUCAACCAUACGAAGUCGUCAAACACGUACCAUACACUGUUAAGGAAUACGUCAAAGUACCUGUACAUGUGCCACAACCCUACGAAGUUACCAAACAUGUGCCUUAUCCAGUUCAUGUUCAUGUCGACAAACCAUACCCCGUCAAGGUUUUGGUGCCACAACCCUACCCAGUUGAAAAACACGUACCUUACCCAGUGAAGGUUCCAGUACCACAACCCUACACCGUCGAGAAACACGUACCUUACCCAGUCAAGGUCGAAGUACCAGUACCACAGCCUUAUGAUGUAUACAAACAUGUCCCAGUACAUGUCAAGGUUCCAGUCGACAGACCAUACCCAGUACAUGUGCCACAACCUUACCCAGUGACCGUUGAAAAGCACGUCCCAUACCCAGUGGAGAAACAUGUCCCAGUACCAGUCAAAGUACCAGUCGACAGGCCUUACCCAGUACCAGUAGAAAAACCAUACCCAGUAGAGGUCAAAGUGCCAGUACCACAACCUUUCCCAGUCGUGAAGCACUACCCAGUACAAGUGGAGAAACACGUACCUUACCCAGUCAAGGUUCCAGUCGACAGGCCUUACCCAGUCCAUGUCGAGAAACCAUACCCAGUACCAGUGGAGAAGCCAUACCCAGUCCCAGUCAAAGUAGCCGUACCAGUACAUGUACAUCACGAACACCACGCCGAACACCACGGUGAUAGCUACACAAGCUUCAGCGGACUCGGUGGCGGUUACAGCUACCAUCAUUAAGUAGAUACCAUUUUCAAUCAUAUCGCUCGGGUAAAUGGCGGGCUUACUGUGAAAUAUAGCAUGUAAUUAUUAGCUUUUAUCGGCCCGCCACGGGAUUCUAUGAAUCAGCGUGCUUUCAAAGCUCGC